GAACGAUGGGGGGGGGGGAAUCGAUUUGCAUUUUAUCGGCGGGAGAUCGGAGACCGCAAAAGUGGAACGAGUCGUUUUUGCCUGAGCCAGAGCGAAACGGAGUGCGAAUAAAUUCCGAGACCCGCGUUUUCCCAGCCAGCCAGUCGGGCCGGCCGUGCCACUUCCUUGAGCUUGAUUGCGCCGUGAAUGGGCGGGCGAUCGCGCGCCGAUAGCGCGUAUCAUCGGCGAUAUCACUUCGUUUCGCGAGUCCGCGGGAGGUAUCGGCGGUUAUCGGUCUUAUCACCCCGCUUAUGAUCCCGCUUCGCGCUCGAGUGGCGGUAGUAAAAGAGACGAGCUUUUCCAGAAACUCGACCGAUUGCCCGGGACAGUGGCAAUGCACGAUUGUCCGCAUGUAGCGACAAUCUCGAAAGUCUCGAUCUUAUGUAAAAUCGCGUUGGGGUCGGGAAAAGUGAGACUCGACCGCAAGAUCCCGCUUCGUUAACGACGAAUUAGGAACAAUCACGCGCGAGUUAGGAACAAUCACGUUCCCCUGGAAUUCUACUCCCGCAAUCCUCAAAAUACACGGGGGAGGAGAAGGAAAACGGGGGUGGAGGGGGGGGAGAAGGAAGGCAGCGAAUGUCGUCGCGCGAGCUACGGCACUGGCGAACGGACCUCAGUGCCAUUGCGGAGGACGGCGAGGCGGAGGGGACCUAAUGGGUCCCUUCCCUUUUCUCCGUCUCGCUCUGUUCGCCUCCUCCUUCGAUAAUCCUUUCCUUUCUCUUCCCGCCGACGUCCCGUUCUCCUCGUCCGCUACGGGUUACUCUCUCACGCGAUACCACGGCGAUACCGCCGGUCGCGAUACACCUACACCCAACGCUGGAGGUAGACGGACCCCGAGCCUGGUUGGCUCCCAGGGAUCCAUUUCGUUACCUGACUCCUGGGCCCUUUUAAUUCGCGUGACUCCUGGGUCCCUUUAAUUCGUGAUUCCUAUUCUUUUGAUUCGUAAUUCUCAGUCCUUUUAAAUCGUGACUCGUCCUAAUCCUUGACUUAUAAUUCCUAGUCCGUUUGAGUAGUGAACCCUGGUCCUUUUAAUUUGUGAUUCGCAAUUCUUUUGAGUCGUGACUUCUAGUACUUUUAAAUUGUGAUUCCAAGCCCUUUCAAUUUGUGACGUCCUUUUAACUCGUAAUUCCUAGAUUAUUUAAGUCGUAACUUCUGGUCUUUCUAAUUUAUGAUUUCCCGUUCCUUUAACUCGUGACUCGCGGUCCAUUUAAUUUUAUAUCGAUCGCAUCAUAGAGUUUCAUUUGCGUCCUCUGUAGCUUUCUUAUCGCGUUCCUGCGUGACCGUCUAUCUCUUACGCGCAUUCCUCACCUCGCGUUUAUCUCUUUUGUGAGAAAUUGCAAUGACGUGCCGUAGUCCGCCGAAGCACGGAAACCGAUAAGGCACUUUAUGCCUCACGAACUCUAGAAAGUUCACGUCUUAUCGCCGUACGAGAUCGCCGUAACGUUCGCGUCGAUGCGAAUAAUACGUAUUUCGAAAUGGACGCACAUUCGCGGGUAAUUAAUCGCUACACCUGCGUCAUAUACAUACAUAUGAUGUAAAGAAACGAAACGAUAUGUGACGGGUGGUACCGUGAAGUGUAGCGCUCACAACUCCAUGGAAUCGCGGCGAAAUCGGCUUACAUAAAACUCAAACAAUCUCUGGGCGAGUGCGCGUAUAUAUAUGCAAUUAGGACGCGCCGGUGCAUUAAUUGAAUCCAUUCGAGCGAGUCCUGUGAACACGGCUCUGUACGUUGCCGAUGUAACGUGGCGAUAAAGCAUCGCACCGUAAUUUCAGAUAACUCGAUAACUCUAAAUUCAAUUUCCUUUCGAAAUUUAACGCUCCCUCGCUUUUGAUAUUUCCCAGCGAUCGGGAAUUAAUUUAGAUAGAGAGUCGAGAGAUCGUCGAGGCUGCGUCCCCGAGAGGAAGGGCCUCGGCGAUGCUAGAAAGUGUGACCGCCGACUUUCCGUAAAGUUCCAGAUAGGCGCAGCCGUCUCUGCUUUUCCACCUGGAGAUCUGGCGACUUUACGUAACGUAGCGCGCCGGAGCAAUCCGCGAGGCGGGCGUUUUUCCUCGCCGUCAUCCGCGAGAACUCGCACGUCAUCGUGAUCAGCGGUGCCGCGAGACCCCGGCGAUGGUGAACCCUCACCAUCUCGCCGUCAACCGCAGGUUCUCCUUUGCAUUCGCUCCUCUGUCUCUCUGGCUCCCUUCUGCCGCCUUCCACACGCGUACACGUACUUGGGUACACGCUUACUCACCCAUUCGUUCGCUCUCUCGCUCAUUUGCACGCUCAUUCCUUUGCUCGCUCGCUCGCUCGCUCGCUCAUACACGUACACGUACACGCGCGCAAGGCGCACACUCGUUGACUACCUGACGAGAACUCGAGCUCGACCAGUCACGUGGCCACCGAUCGCGAAGGAUGUUUGUGGGACCGCAAAGUCAGUCCGCGGCGGUCGGUCCGUCGAGAAAGAGAGGAUAGAGAGACGCGACCGGGUGAUAGAGAAGGAGGGAGAGGACAGGACGGAGGAGGAGAUACUGGAUCGGGGAUACCGCCUGGGGUCUCGGGAUCGUCGCUGCUCUAGCUCUACCUGUCCGUAGGCAUUCGGCGCGCGAUCAUUUCGGCUUAUUCCUCUCGCAGUUUAUCGCAGUUAAAACCUUUACGAAAGGUUUCCCUUUAUUAGAAUUAGCUCUCGUUUAUAUCGGGAGAAGUCUUGGCCGGGUCGACGAAGGGGGCCGACCGUCACGCGAGAAUUAACGUUUCGUUUAUAACAGAGGGUUCCUCGGCGCAGACGGGAUCGCCGAAUUGUUUUGUGCGUUAGAAAGUGUGGUCUUCGUUGUGCGGCAUUUCGUUGUGCACUGAAACGUGGAAGACGCGAUGUGACGUCAAGCGAGACUCGGGAAGUGAACUGUUGAAGACUCGGGUGACGCGAGGACGAAGUGGCUCGGAUCGAGAGAAGGAUGUCGGAUUUCUCUCGUUCGGAGUAACGAUACGCGGGUUUAAGUCCCGUGGAGUUUUCCAACGACAAAGUCGGGUUUUUUUUCCGCUCCCUCCUUUGUCCGUCGUAACGGAAAUCGUAAAGAGAUUUCAUUGUCCCGUGGAAGUUUGUAUGAUUAAAAAAAAAAAGGAUUUGAUUCUGCCUGAAAAGAAGAGGAGGGUGAAAAGGGGAAACGCGGAGGUCCCGGAGUGUCACGCUAGACCACGGCUAGGACACGUCUCAGGUAUUUGGUGGGCGAUGCGAUAGAAAGUUUUCCCUAUCGCGGGACACGCGAUAAGGCAGGUUCGUUCACAAAGAACCAGUGGGUUUGCCGGGUCUACUUCAACGCUUCCAUACUUCUUCGUGGAAGGAAAGCGCGAGCGAUCGAGAUAGAAAGGCGACUAUCGAGGCCGUAACGUCAUCAACGGGGAUCAGCCUCAAUGACAACCUAGACAGAGAGAAAGAGGAAUGGAACGCGCACGAAGGAAAUAUCUACAUUGAAGAGUCGGCGAGGCCGAGGAAUUACCUUUGCGACGGGUGGUCCCCGCGUUGGUUGCCGCGGGAAUCAAAGAAUCCCAGGACGAAGGCGGAUUUGGGAAAUCGAAGGCGCGCGCGAGGCCUAUUAGCGAGCGGGCGCACGUACGGACCAGAAUUGUAUGCAAAAUCGCGUCGGCGAUAUCGCGUGGCAUCGGCGGCGCGAUCGCGCGACCCGCUUACGGGAAUAAAGAGGACUCGAGGUGGACUCGAGGGGGAACGAGAAGGGGAAGAAACGAAAGAGAGAAGGAAACGCGCGGCUGCGGCGGCGGCGGCGGCGAGAAUCGAGGGUAUACGCGCCGCGGCGACGAUUUCGCUGGCGCAACAGCGCGGAAUCAUGCGGCGGCGACGUUGCACAACGCUCCCGUCAUCCUCUCCGGUCGGCAUUUAACGCGUGCGCCCGUUCGUGCGUUUCAAGAGAACUCGGAGAAUUCCGAGAAACGGCUGCACGCGUCGCCGGACUCCGCAAACACAGCCACGGACGUGGAGCAGCGCAACCGCCUUGUCCGAUGCGAUUGGACGGUCGGAUACGCGAACGCGAUCGAGUGCGCGGGUGACGAAUUGAACGUCGCCCCGAGGAAUUUUACGAGGUGUCGAAACCCCGUUGCUGACCACAGCGUGAAAUUUGAUCGGAAACUCACGAAACGAGCCUCGAACGCCUCGGGAAACGUAGAGACGGACAAGGCGCGAUAAGGACGAUGAUAAGCGCCGUCCGUUAUCUGUUCGGGAGAAAUUCUACCGGGGCGCAGUCUUCGCCUUCCGCGCGCGAGGUGAAGGCACUCCGCGGUUACCACUGACAUUUAAUAUCGCGUUUGGUAAUAGCAUAGAUAUUUUUACGCGUCGACGUAAUCACGAGUGCCGGUCGGUUCGGCUUGGAAGCGUGAGCGUACGCGUAGCGUGUACAAGCCGCGUGUCGUCAUCGAGGAUGAGUAAACGCCUUUGAUUAGGAAGCGGAAAGCGAGCGGAAUGCAGCUGGCAACCAGUCAGAGGCCUCACCCGCCUCCGGUGCCACCUCGGCCGAGUCGGCAGGUGGUUGCCGAGGCCCUUAAGAGGUCGCCAAGGCCGCCCUGUCCCACCAGGCAGGCACCGCCACCGCCGAACACGAAGCCCUGGAGAUCUGAUCAGCAGCAGCAGCAACAGCAACAGCAGCAGCAACUGCAACAACAGGUGGACCCAUCGGGCGGACGCACGAUCGUGUACGAGUCUCUCAAGGAGUACACGAAGGAUGGCAAGGACGAGAGCGUGUCGAACCAGGCGCGAAACACAGACAGAAGUGUCGAGGACGCCCGCCUGGAGAACGGAGGCAAAACCUUAUCCUACGAUCAGCAUCACGGGGCCGGUUCGGAAAGGCUUUACUUCACGGGAAACGUCCCGGUGAACAUCGUGCGGAAGCGCAACAGCCUAACCGAGGAUCAACGGCCGCAACGUAGGCUGGAGAUCCGAAGGAACUCGCGCGGGAAGGACUUGGUUGGUGGUCUGUCGUACGUUCAUCGUGAACGAUGCAGGGAUUCGCCUGGCAGUAAGGAUCAACGAAGGGAGAACAGUGUCGUUGCCCCGACGGAGAAGUUGGUCGAAACGACAGGGACGACGACGACGACGACGACGACAACGACAGCAACGACGACGACGACGACGACGAAGCCACCGGUGGCCGUUCGAGCUGUCAACGUGUCUUUCGAAGACGAGCACCGUGUCUCAUCUUCCAGUCCGGAUGGCGGACGAGUCACGGUGAGUCACGCGGAAAAGUGCAACGGCGAUCCGGAGAGAGCGGACGACCACGAUACCCGACCGACGCCCACGUGCCGAUCGUGUCCUGGCGAGCAACAAUUGCAGCAUCAGCAGCAGCAGCAGGAAACGUUCGCGGCGAGCGGAAAGCCCGCGAGGAACGGCGGCGUCAAGAGCGUAUCCUCGAUCGAGAGAUCGACGAGUGCUCCGAGCGUUGACCGCGCCGCCACCACGUUGCUCGUCGUCGACGAACCAGAGCGUAAAAUCGCGCCUAACGCUGUCCACGAGGACAGCAACGACAACGACAGCGACAACAAUAUCCAUCGGCAGGACUGGCUGGAGGCGGGAGUCCGUUACUCCUCCACGCAGAUUACCCUGUACGGAGAGGACGACGAAGACGAUGACGACGACGACGACGACGACGACACCGUCGUCGGCAGAGACCGCAUCAAUGGUUACGAUCAUCGGGAAGAGGAGAGAAUCACUGAUCUCGAUUUUAUCAGCAUACAAGAAAGGAUCGCGAUGUCUUCCCUGCAAGGAUUACCCCCGUUGCCGAGGAGCCUGAGCGGCUUCAACUUGAGCGGCGGACGUUGCGAGAGCGGCGAGCCGCCUCCACCGCCCACGAGGUCGUCCAGUAAAUCCCAAAGAGGCGGUAAAACGUCGCUGCAAUCGUCGUCGUCGUCGUCGUCGAGGCCGUCACCACCUGCCCGACAGCUCACCACCCUGGAUACCCAGCUGGCGGUGCUCAGGAGAGAAAUGUUUGGCCUGCGGCAGCUCGAUCUCUCCCUGUUGUCGCAAUUGUGGUCUUUGAACGAGUCGAUCCAGGAGUUCCGGCAGCUGUUGCAAGAGCAGGAGGACCGUGCGCCUUCGCCGUCGCCCAGCAGCGAAGAGGGGGACGAAACGUCUUACGGAGUACAUCCGCCGCCGCCACCGAGAAGACCGGCGCCCACGCUGCACCAUCAUCGGCCACCGCGGCCGCCCAGGCCGCCCAGGCCAUCGGCCAGCGACGAAUCGCCGUCGAGCGAGGAGUAUGGGGCCGUUUGACGUAUCGUUACCGAAAGGAAGAAGCACACGAGAAGGUCUCGGUCUUCAAAUCGAACCUAGAACGGUGUGCCAAGAUCUCUGAACGCGAGAAAAAAAGAGAGAGACUUGCGUGAAAACGGGAACUACGAUUAGUCAGGACUGGUAGUCAGGACUCGUCGUGACAUUCAAUUGCGAAUUACUGAUUCCUAAGAGUACCUGCAACCUUGCUUGCAGAACCAUUCGAAAUCGCAAAACAGAGAGACGGUUCUUUAAUUCAUGUUCGAACCGAUGAUCGAAUGGGUUGACUGGCAGAUCAUUUCUCGGUAAAUUAGUCGCGCUCCUAACUGUCCGUUAUUCUCGCAAGCUCGCAUAGCCUCACUCGGAGAGCUAUUUGAGAUUACCACUGACCGUUGUUUCAUGAUUGAAGCGAAAGGAUUGACGGUUAAAUCGAAACUCGACUUGGCGGGAGACCACAGUAGUUUGGCCGCCAUUAUGCGAACGCUAUUUCGCGUAUGCGAGGAUAAUAAUCGCAUCUCUCAGAUCCGGGGAAGAAUAUCGGCUUGCCAAUUUGCAAUAACGACAUUUCGCAUAUGUCGCGCUCUAAAUAAAGGACUCGAUUGCCGCGAGCGAGGGAGCUGACUGACUUCAGCUCUCGGCACGCCCGCUCUCCUCUCUACUUGUGAUAACGCUCGAAGGGGCCUUUGAUUAAUGAUAAUCGCAUCUAUUUGUGCGGAUUAAGAUUUCUCCGUGUACUCCGCUCUUGCCGUAGAGCAAUUGUAACUGAUCCGAGCCCAAAGCAUCGCGAUUUUUUCGUGUUGUGAUCCAAGAAAUAGCGCGAUUCUUUGGCGUCACCAACCGAGAAAGUGGCUGGUGAAUCCGAAAGAAUUAUAGCGCUUUUUUCUCUCUUCCAUGUUUUUUAUACCGUCGCAAAGCUUAUCCUCGUCGCUGACGUCAGGUCAUCUACGCAAUAAAUCUGCCGUACACACGAAGAGAUCGAAAACGAAUUUAUAAUAUCUUUGUAAAAAAAAUUUAACGUGGGAUUUCUAAACGUUUGAUUUCUGAUAGAUGUUACAGAUAUACAGCAAGCCUUAUAGAUACGUAAUAUCUUAUACCAAGUCUUCGCAUGUACGGCAACUUCAGGAAAGCUGAGAUUGUCAAUGUUCCGCGACGCCCUUUCGUGUAGACUAGUACUAGAGCUGUGUAUAAAAAUAUGUAAGACUACUACGUGCAGAAAUAAAUGAGACUUAAUUUAAAUACACGCCGACUCGUAACGAGCGUUGCGUAACGCAACACUACAACCUUUUCUUGUAUGCGCCGCUAUCCUGACACAGAUAGUUGGAGAUCGACAAUGCUGCACCUACUUGCAUAUAUGCAAAUCGCAUCUCGUUCCGAUGCAGCCAUCGACAGGGUGUGUGCGGAAAUAAAUAGUAGCAAUAGCAGGACAAUGAGGACAGAGAAAUUGCUGCACGAGACCCCUUGCGUCAUUCGAAAUGCCGCAAUAAUCCGUGCUUGUUCCUAUAUUGCGUACUAUUAAAUGUUCCUUCUAUUUAAUUCUCAACGUAAUAUUAACAUGUAAAUAUUUAAAUGUAUGUUAAGAUAAAUUAUAUAUCUCAAGAAUA